GAAAAAUGUUGAACGAACAAUAUACGGAAUGCAAAGUUCUACCCAACAUCAAUGAAACAUUUCCACAAUUUGGUCGAUCAAUUGCCACACUGCUCUCGCCACUUGACUUAUCGCUGCGCGCUACCAAUCUAAUACCGAUUACGCCACCCUCAACACCCUCGCCGCCGCGAAAGCGUCAAAGAUUAAUGUCAGACGAGAAUUACCUUUGGCGACCGCACGCCAUGGGAACAAAUCAACAAACGCCGUUAACACCGUUGCUACCAGCAACUGGCAGGACCUCAUCCACACAUACAGCAAGAGAAACGACUGCUGGUGGCAAUUACCUAUCUCAACUACCGUUAGCCUACGACUGUCGCCACGACGAAUACCCGAUGCAACACACAACGUCCAGCGGUUAUAAAAACAAUUUUCACGAUGUAAUAAGGAGCAGCUUUGAAGAAAUUCCAGAAAGUCAAGCAACCGCAAUGCCAACCAUACCACACGAAGCAAGUUUACAGCAGCACGACCCAACACAGCAACAACCAAAUGAAGCGCAACGGUCGCCACAACAAAGUCCAUUGCCCAUUAUCUGCGUGGACGAUGAGACGAUUGUGUUGACCGAGGAUGAGGAGGAAACACUUGUCAGUUCACACGAUUACAAUGAGGAUGUGGACGACGAAGAAGAUGACGAAGAUGAAGAAGAUGCGGCUGUGCUGGCGAACAGGAUGCCCGACUUGAGGUCAACAACAACAGUGUACGCGGAUGCCAGCAGUAAUGAAAGUCAGAACCGGUGUACGAGGGAAAGCGGUGAUAAUGAUGAGUUAGAGAGGGAUAUGGAGGCGGCGGAUGAGGAAGAGGAAUAUGUCGAUAUACUGAGCAACGACGACGAUGACUUAAAUCCGCUCAAUAGCGCCAAUUUCACACAGCGUCUGCAGUGUCAAGCCUUGGAGGAGGAGAUCGCCAAGUCCGGCAAAGCUUUGACGCGCAACAAACUCAUCUACGACAAUGAAGAGUUACAUCAUCGCGCCAUCGAUGGUUUGGCGAAAUUAUUUGAAAAAGAUUUUCUUGUGCCAACGCAUGUUCACGCGGAAAAGCCACCAGCAAAAACUAAUAGUUUUGGACGCACACAUCAACAACGUCCGCAUAAAUCGGAGCGAAAACGCAUGAAACUGCGUAAGCAUCAUCACACGCUCGAUGAGGAGACCAUCAGUCCCGUCUCGGGCACCAUCAUACGAAAGUUACGCGACGACGAAGAGUUGGUGGUGCGCAAAGGCGACAUUGAUCCGGCUUUCAAUGUGGUCGAAAUCACCGAGGAGGCUAAGGCGAUUUUGGCCAGUAUCGACAACAAAAUCGGCGAUUACUUAUGCCAGCUGUGCCGCACACUGUACGAUGACGCAUUCCAGCUGGCACAACACCGUUGUCCACGCAUCGUGCAUAUCGAGUACAAGUGCUCGGAGUGCGAAAAGGUCUUCAAUUGUCCCGCUAAUUUGGCUUCACAUCGUCGUUGGCAUAAGCCAAAGUCCGAGUUAAUGGCGAGCAAUGGACAAAGCAAGAAACGACACUUAAACGAACAAGCAGCAGCGGUGCCUGGUAUGCGGCAUGAGAAGGUGAAUCUUGUCGACGACGGAGCGGAGGGUGUUUAUCCCUGCACGCAGUGCGGCAAACAUUUCCGACGCCACGCCUACUUGAAAAAACAUCAGGCUUCCCAUCAGAUUUUGGAGAAUCUCAAAUCUUUGGACAUCUUCAAAAACUCCACCUCCAUUGCGAAUCCAGUUUUCUCACAUCCAAUGCAGCAGUCGAAAACCCAUUUCCCCUUCACCAACACCACGGCUACAGUACCAGCGCCACGUGCACCACACACACAAUCAACGCAGCACUUCGGCGUCGCACAUCCGCACACGAUCAAGCCUUAUCCGCAACGCUUCAAUCCGUUUCCCUUCCCAGCCUUUGAUCAACGACGUUUCUACUCACUGGGCGAGUUGUAUCUCUCCCAGCACUUAGAUCAUUCCUCCGCCUUCCAGUACGUACAGGCGAAUCAUCUGCGUAACCUGACAGCCGCAGCGGGUGCUUUCGCACCACGCCCACCACAUGUACCGCCGCCUACCGCCUUAAUUGCAAAAUGACCCAACAUUGUGCGUCCUGUGCCGCGCAUCG